GCUUUCCCCAGGCCGGAGACAGAAACUUCCCAACUUCCGAUCUCCACCAACCACCAAACCCUCGGACGCCUCUAUUUCCCCUCUUACAAAACCUCCAUGGCAGAACAGCUUCGUAACCCCGCCACAUCUCAAACCCCGAUAAGGGAUUUUUCUACCGUUCCUGCGCCGAAUCAGCGAGAAAAAGAUGAUGCAGUCGGGGGCUCCGAUCUGCAGCACGUGCGGCGAGCAGAUAGGUUUGAGAGCUAAUGGCGACUUGUUCAUGGCGUGCCACGAGUGUAAUUUCCCGAUCUGCAGGGCCUGUCUCGAGUACGAGAUCAAGGAAGAACGGCGAAUCUGCUUGCGAUGCGGAAAUCCAUAUGACGAGAACUUGCUGGAUGAAGCUGAAACAAAGACGUCGGGGAACGGAUCCGCCAUAGCCACUCACCUUGAAAACACUCCUCGGUUUCAGGAUUCUGGAAUUCAUGCAAGGCAUGUAAGCACAGUCUCCACAGUUGACAGUGAAUUGAACGAUGAAUACGGGAACCCUAUAUGGAAGAACAGAGUCGAGAGCUGGAAAGACAAGAAGGAGAAGAAGAGCAAGAAGAAAAAGGAUGAAAUGCCAAAGGCUGAUGAAGACGAGGCCCGGAUUCCGCCCCAACAACACAUGGAAGAUAUGCCGAAUGCAGAGGUCACAGAGCCUCUUUCGGUUGUGAUUCCGAUCGAAAGGACGAAGAUUACGUCGUACAGGAUUAUCAUCGUUGUCCGAUUGAUCAUCCUGGCUUUGUUCUUCCACUAUCGUCUCACAAAUCCUGUCAACAGCGCUUUCGGGCUAUGGAUAACGUCUGUGAUAUGCGAAAUCUGGUUUGCUUUCUCUUGGGUAUUGGAUCAGUUUCCUAAAUGGUAUCCGAUCAACAGGGAAACAUAUGUAAACCGCUUAUCUGCAAGGUACGAAAGACCGGGCGAGCCCCCAGAGCUAGCAGCUGUAGACUUCUUUGUUAGUACAGUGGACCCAUUGAAGGAGCCUCCAUUGAUCACAUCAAACACAGUGCUCUCCAUCCUGGCAUUGGACUAUCCGGUGGACAAAGUCUCCUGCUAUGUAUCUGAUGAUGGUGCCGCCAUGCUUUCAUUCGAGUCACUGGUCGAAACAGCCGAUUUCGCCAGGAAAUGGGUACCCUUUUGCAAGAAAUUCGCGAUUGAGCCUCGAGCGCCCGAGUUUUACUUCUCACAGAAGAUCGAUUACUUAAAGGACAAAGUCCAGCCAUCAUUUGUUAAAGAACGUAGAGCCAUGAAAAGAGAUUACGAAGAGUUCAAGAUCAGAAUAAACGCUUUAGUUGCAAAGGCUCAGAAAACACCUGAAGAAGGAUGGACCAUGCAAGAUGGAACGCCGUGGCCAGGAAACAAUACCCGUGAUCACCCCGGGAUGAUUCAGGUUUUCCUCGGGCAUAGUGGGGCACGUGACAUCGAAGGAAAUGAACUUCCGCGGCUUGUAUACGUCUCGAGAGAGAAGAGACCGGGCUAUCAACAUCACAAGAAGGCUGGGGCAGAGAAUGCUUUGGUGAGGGUAUCUGCUGUUCUUACGAAUGCUCCGUUCAUCCUUAACCUCGACUGUGAUCACUACGUCAACAACAGCAAGGCUGCACGUGAAGCAAUGUGCUUUCUGAUGGAUCCAGUUGUCGGUCAGGAUGUCUGCUAUGUCCAGUUCCCUCAGAGGUUUGAUGGAAUUGACAAAAGCGAUCGAUAUGCCAACCGUAACAUAGUUUUCUUCGAUGUUAACAUGAAGGGGCUCGAUGGGAUUCAAGGGCCGAUGUAUGUGGGGACAGGUUGUGUCUUCAGAAGACAGGCACUUUAUGGUUACAGUCCUCCAUCUAAGCCGAGAAGUUUACCAGAAUCUUCCUCGUCUUGCUCAUGGUGUUGCUGCCCGGCCAAGAAGAAACCGACCAAAGAUCUUUCCGAAGUUUACAGAGAUGCGAAGCGAGAAGAACUUGAUGCAGCCAUCUUUAACCUCAGAGACCUCGACAAUUACGAUGAGUACGAGAGGUCGAUGUUGAUAUCUCAGACAAGCUUCGAGAAAACAUUCGGUCUGUCUUCGGUUUUCAUCGAGUCUACUCUGAUGGAGAAUGGAGGUGUCCCUGAAUCCGUAAACCCAUCGACACUCAUCAAAGAGGCGAUUCAUGUCAUUAGCUGUGGAUACGAAGAGAAGACCGAGUGGGGAAAAGAAAUCGGUUGGAUAUACGGAUCAGUCACAGAGGACAUCUUGACGGGUUUCAAGAUGCAUUGUCGGGGAUGGAGGUCUAUAUACUGUAUGCCACUAAGGCCGGCUUUCAAAGGGUCUGCCCCGAUCAAUCUCUCCGAUAGGCUUCAUCAAGUUCUCCGGUGGGCACUUGGUUCCGUGGAGAUUUUCCUUAGCAGACACUGUCCACUCUGGUAUGGAUGUGGAGGAGGCCGCCUCAAAUGGCUCCAGAGACUGGCUUACAUCAAUACCAUUGUCUAUCCCUUCACCUCUCUCCCCCUCAUUGCUUACUGCUCCUUACCUGCCAUUUGCCUUCUCACCGGAAAAUUCAUCAUCCCCACUCUGUCGAACCUGGCAAGCAUGCUCUUCCUCGGCCUUUUCCUCUCCAUCAUCAUCACGAGCGUUCUGGAGUUGCGAUGGAGUGGCGUAAGCAUCGAAGAUUUGUGGAGAAACGAGCAAUUCUGGGUCAUCGGAGGCGUCUCGGCCCAUCUCUUUGCCGUCUUCCAAGGUCUUCUCAAGAUGCUGGCCGGUUUCGACACCAAUUUCACCGUCACGGCCAAAGCAGCCGACGACUUGGAGUUUGGGGAACUCUACAUCGUGAAAUGGACGACACUCUUGAUUCCUCCGACCACGCUUUUGAUCGUGAACAUGGUCGGAGUUGUGGCCGGAUUCUCUGACGCUCUGAACAAAGGGUACGAGGCAUGGGGACCGUUGUUCGGGAAAGUGUUCUUUGCGUUCUGGGUGAUUCUCCAUCUCUAUCCAUUCCUCAAAGGUUUGAUGGGGAGACAGAACAGAACUCCGACCAUUGUCGUGUUAUGGUCUGUUCUGCUUGCUUCUGUGUUUUCCCUUGUCUGGGUUCGGAUCAAUCCCUUCGUUGCCAGACCAGAUUCCGCCACAAUCGCUCAGAACUGCAUUGCCAUCGAUUGCUAAAUCAAGAAUUCGGAUUCAGCGAUUUGCCACUGCACGGAUGGAUCUCUGAUCAAGCUUUUCACACGUUUGCUGUCGUAUUUAGAAACGUAUACUUGAAGAUGUUUUGAAGGAUUUGAGAUUCGAGAAUUGAUAUUUCCUCUUUUCAUGUGGAGA